UGUUUGGCAGUCGUCACGUCACUCUUUACUCUUACUGGACUGUACCUCUGUAGGAUGUUAUAAGGGGUCUUCAGGUUUUAACAGGUAGGGUUGAGGGUUCGAGUCGUGGGCAGCAUGAGCGCGGAAUGCGCGGAAUAUUACAACACGGAGAAUGUGUUUGUCAGCGCCUUCACGUGCCCAAAGACCGACAACGACGCGCGCGCGGUCUUCUGCUGCGGGUUCAGUGACGUCAAAUACUGCUGCGACGAUCCCAACAGCUUUUUCCCUUAUGAGUAUGGAUAUAUGUGGUGGCUCAGUUUGGGAGCCCUGGUUGGUUUGUCUAUAGCUGCUGUGGUGCUGUUAGCCUUCAUCAUCACUGUUUGCGUGCUUUGCUACCUGUUCAUCGCCACUAAACCUCGAGGGCUGGACAACGGACUGCCUUUACGAGCACCAGGAUCUGGGCCCAGUCCUCAAGAGGGUCUGAGUCAGCCGAGCACCGCACAGGGACCGCAGGGUUUCCGCAAGCAUUUCUUACGGGGCAAACUGGACUGUGACAACCAGCCGCCCGACCCAGACCGCCUGUUCCAGCGCUGCUUCAUGGCUACGGUCACCACCAUCAACGUUGAAGGACCUUCAUAAAGCCCUGGAGUCUUUUCAACGGCUUUACCCAACCAUCAUGUGACUUAAGUAACAUUUUGAACCACUUGAAGGUCUCUAAUAUUUUGGCCUCAACAGACUGUCACUGAAAUCAGUGUAACAAACUGAGAAAAAGUUUCAUACAUCAUCAAACACAGGGUCUUUUUUUUACAUGGCGCAAGAAACAUUUAACGGUUUACAUUCAUCAAGAUUUCAGCUCUUUGAGAGUCUGUAGAUUGAACCAAAGACGGAAUUGAACUCAAUCGUAGAGAUUGUUGUUUCCAAAUCCCGAGAAUUACAAUAUUCAACUUUCUCUCAAACAAAGUUUACCAAGCGAUUACACCGACACUAGUCGUCGAUGCCUUUAAAACAGCUUUGAGCACCAUUUGAACCAUCAAGCGAUUCACGUACUGCAAGAAUCACGUUUUUAAUUUGCUUUUACGCUUUCGUUUGCCGGUUUUGAGCGUACUAUAUCACAUUGUGUUAAAAAGAACUUUUCUUAAACAAGCUACAAGUUGGAGUCCCAAUACUUUUAAGCCAAUAACUCACUAUGUGUAGAGAGAGAACUAUAAAAUGUUAUCUAACCCAAAAGUAACAUGGCAUGAAGGUAUAAGGGGCUGUUCACACAGAACUCGUUUUUCCAUUGCAAUGUGCCACUUUGCCAUUGUUUUUUGUGGAUGAAUGUUGCGUCUGUUGGACAUGAGCACCAUGUUUUUAAGACACAGUGUCAAGUUGAACUAACUACUUUUACAUGUGCCGCUCAUUAAUAUCAGUUCCUAAGGAGGGGACCAAUCAGACGACCCUAGAGGUGGGGCAAGCAUUGCAAGCUUUUGUUUACAGUAGCAAGUUGGCAUGGAAACUGUAGGAAAUUAUGUGCAUUUUCUAAAAAUCAUUCCUGAUGUCUAGAUGCCAGGACGCAUUCAGUGCAAACGGCCCUAUAAGGAACUCCCUAAAAUGGUAAUGUACUUUUAAACUAAUACAUUUUACCAUUUUAGGCAAAGUUACAGUAAAUUUACUUUUUAGCUUUUAUACUCUACAUGCUAAGAAAAAAGCACAAAAGCUGUCACUAGAGGGGUGCCUUUAAAAAAAAUACACCUUUAUACCUUAUUUACCCCUUAUGAGUGCAUAUACCUAAAUGGUACAUUUUAGUACCUUUUGAAAAGAUACCGUCCCAGUAACAGCUUUUACACUUUUUUUUUUUUCUGAGAGUGAGAAAAAAAAGGUACAAAAGCGGUCACUGGGGCAAUAUCCUUUCCAAAGGUACACAUUUUGUACCUUAUUUAUUCCUAAAGAGUGCAUAUUUUCCUCUAAAGAGUGCAAGAACCUUAAUGGUACAUAUGGUGUCUAUCGAAAAGGUACUGUCCCGGUGACGGCGUGUACCUCUUUUUUGAUUGUGUGUGGCUAGGAAAUGUUUGGAAAUUCUUGACUUUCUAUUCGUUGUCAUGGGAGAAUUAUCUAUUGUGUUCUGCUGAAGGCCAAAGCUGCACUGAAGUCUACUUUGUAAGCCGGUUAGUUUUCUUUAUCAUUUACUUCAGUUCGUCAGGGUUUGCAACCUUGAGCUGUAUUGAUUCGAUUUUAAUAUGCUGUGAUGAAAAAAGUUGUCUAUUGAUGUACCGUUUUAGAUUGCUGCAUUUCCAAAGAGCUGCUUGACACAUUGAUGGACAAUUCAAGAUGAUUUUUUUUCAGAGAUGUUGGUGGCUUUGUUUGUUUUAUGAUGCUUUCGCCUGUAAUGCUUCAUGAUGCUCUUUGUGUUUUGAUAAUAUCUUUCUCGUCAGCUCCAAAAUGAGAACUUUUGCCUCUCAGCACGAUUAAUUAAGAAAUUGCAUCUGUUUCAACAACGACUCAACUUUUACCGCAGGACAUCAAGAUGCCAUGCAAGUUUGAAAAUAUUUUUCAUCUCUGAGCUUGACUAUUAACUUUUCUUCUGUGUUUUUCAUUUGAUCAAAGACUGCUCAUUCAAGAGCACGCCCAGGUUCAACACCAGUUAACGCAUCCUGAGAAAUCCUCGAACAAACCAUUAAAGAUAUAAU